GAGGCCAGCACCACCCAAGAGGGAGAUGGUGCCAGUGAUGGUCUGGCACUGCCUCUCUCGCUGACACUCGCUUCCAGGUACUGUCCUUCAUGCUCCCUCGCCUCAUACCACUAUAAGACUUGUGCACGCCGAGGGUUGAAGGUCACAAAGAAAAAUAAUGGAGCGAUUUCGGCCAUUGAUAUCCCAGACUAGUAAUUUUGUAGAUCCUCUAACAGCCAGCUUGUCAAGAGAUGAUGACACAGUCUCUGUAGGAGAGGACCCAAUUAACAACCUCAGCACAGCAUCUGCCAAUGAGAGGUUAAGUAUGCAGCAUGAAGAUCACUUCAGUGUCAGUCGCCCAGUCAGAGUUCUUGGGGGUGGUUUACCUUAUUGUGCCGAGUGGGCAGAAAUCUGCAGGUGUGCUGGAACAGAAGCUAUACAGAACCUCGGUAGAGCUGGGGAGAUGCGAGCAAGCAGAUUUCGUUCUGUGUGUUGGUUGAUAUAUUUAAAAAUUCUACCUGAUGAUCAUACACAGUGGUUAAAUGUGAUCAGAGAGGAACGUGAGAAAUAUGAAACUAUUAGAUUGCAGUUAAUGGUGACUCCAGGCCUUGGUGAUGAAACUCUUGAUCCAUUACUGAACAAUCCUCUGUCUCAACAUGAGCAGAGUCCCUGGAAUCAGUAUUUUGAAGAUUCAGAAUUGAAGAAACUUAUCAGGCAAGAUGUAAUAAGGACAUUUCCUGAAGUUGAAUUUUUUCAAUCUCCCCGCAUUAGAGACCUCAUGGUCACUGUUCUCUUUUGCUAUGCACGACAGCAUCCAGAUAUAGGCUACAGACAAGGAAUGCAUGAAGUACUUGCACCAUUGAUCUUUGUACUUCACUGUGACCAUCAGGCUUACCAACAUGCUCAAGAAAUAGACUCAACUCCUUUGACCGAGUAUCAGCUAAAUAUUCUACAAGAACUGAUGGACGAGGCUUACCUUGAGCAUGAUGCUUUUUCCUUAUUUGAGGGUGUGAUGAAAGGACUGGAGCCAUGGUAUGUUGUAUCAGAUCAAUCAAAUUUACCAGAUCCUCGCUCCACUUUAUUAAACGCUCAACCAUUUGCUCGGCCCCAGGAUGUUGGCCCAACAAACUUGUUGGUUCAGAAACUAACAAGCAUCCAUGAUAAUCUCCUUCAGCGUCAUGAUGUGGCACUCUACACUCAUCUAGCACGCCUUGAAAUACCUCCACAAAUUUAUGGAAUUCGCUGGAUUCGCCUACUGUUUGGACGGGAAUUUCCUCUACAAGAUCUAUUAAUGGUGUGGGAUGCAAUUUUUUCUGACAUCCAGUCAACAUUUCCUCUGGUGGAUUUCCUAACUGUUGCCAUGCUGUCAUUCAUCAGAGAACCAUUGUUGGUUGGUGACUACACAACAUGCCUAAAGUUUCUCAUGCGGUAUCCAGCUGCAGCUGAUGUUCAGUACAUCAUACAGUUGGCUCUUCACCUACGUAAUCCUAAACAAUAUCCAAGACCACCUGGUUAUUCAAGUAGAGUGGCACAUCAUAUACCUACUGUUGGGGGUAGACCAGAUGUUCAUCGAGGCCCACAGUCAGCGGCACCUUCUGGUACUUUUACAAGAUCAUCAAGUGUUCCUCGAACAACGCAAAAUGUUAACAAUAACAAAAAUUCAUCAGAACACGUGCCAUAUAAUACUAGUUCAUUACGGAGGCUGUCUUCUCCCAAUGCUUACACUGACCCCUUGAAUGCAGCUGUGAUCUUCAGCAAUAGCCUGAGCAACAGUAGCAGUAAUGGGAGUAGUAAAGCUGAAGCACCUACUACUUGUGAUAGUAGCUGUACAAGCAGUAGUAUUAGUAACAUCCAAGGCACUACGAGAGCCAGCAAGGUUGUUUCUGGAUUAGUAAGACUUGGAGGUAAACUGGGAAGACCUAGAGAUCUACCCAUCUCACGUCAUCUGUCCAUACAAUCACCUCCAACCCCUACACCUGAAACAGUGGCCUUUGCAUCAUCACAAGGACAAGGAGACAAAUCUGUUGUACCUACACAAGCAAUGAAAGAAUUGGCAGUGGUAAGAACCAGAUCUGCUCCAGUUGAUGCAAGAGGCCAGGAAAUGGAAGAGGAAGCCGUACUGAGCCAGUCACUCACUGUUCAGUCCUCCGAUGAGAGUGAAGGGGAAGAUUUCUCUGAAAGGAAAACUUCAGGAGAAAAUGAUUCUGAGGUAAUAGAAACAUUGUCAAGUGUGCGUGGUCAUCUGAGUGAGUGUAGCAGUACUAGUGUCUCUAAUGGACAGGUUGAAGGGUUACCCACUUCAACAUCAAGUGUAUCAUCAGCUCCCACAUACCAACAUCCACUUUCUUUUACAGAGGAUAUUGAUCAACACGUGACUUGAACAUUCAUUAGAAUAAGCAUCUAAUUUUGAAACCUAUAAUAAUUUUAAUUUUUUUAAUUUUCCAUAAAUCAAUAUGAAUUCAAUAUAUACAUAUAAUACAUGGUGACUAAAAACUUUUAUUACCAUUCUGGCAUAUUUUCUUUAUAAUGGAUAUUCAUUUGUUAACCCUUAAAUGGCGCAUGGCUAUAUACCAUUUGACACCCACAGGCGCAUACAAAAAAAAAAAAAAAUCUUUUUUCUUCCUAACCUGUUAAUUUGUGUUCACUGAUCAUGGGAAAAAUAAU